AUGGAAAUGAGGAAGAUUUCCAUGGUGGGGAAAUUCAAAAAGAAAAAAGAACUAAUUAUGGAGCUUUUUAACAUUGCUGGAAGCUUGCUUAAUGAUGAUGAGUAUUAUAACUCUAAAUGCUUAUUUAAGCAUUGCAGGAAAAUAUUAGAGAAAAUUAAACACCACACACAAAUUGACUAUUUUUUUAUUGAUUAUUAUUUGUAUAUGAUCCACAACACAAAAUUAAUCCAAAUUGCGGAAAAGAUGAGCCUGCCCCAAGGCCAGAAAACUUUGAAAGUCCUUAUUUUAUUGAUUUUUUUGGAUUUUAUUGCAAGCACUUAUGUUAAUUGGGGAGAAUCACAUAAGCCAAAAGAAUUUCUUAAAAAGACUACACAAAUUUCGAAAAUGGCUUUUAGAAGUGAAGAUCAUUAUGAUGGAUGGUUGUGCUUUUGCAAGGGAUUGAUUAAUUUUUAUGUAAAUAAUUUUGAUAAGGCAGACAUAUACUUCAGAACCAGUAAAAUAUAUUUUCAAAGCUCUUGGCCAAUUUUUAUAUCAUGCGCUUAUGUAUUAUUAUUUAGGAUUUUUGUAUAG